AUGGAGGCGAAACUCAAAAAAUUUCGCUCAUUGCGUUCUCGAAAAGAAUCUAAAGAUAACAAUAAUGACAAGAUAGACAAAUCAAAACGAAAGAUAACUAACUCAUUACUUCCAAGAAUAUUUAGAAACAUGGGCAUACAAGAAGAGGAAGUUUUAUUGAUUGAAAAUGAUGAACCACUACCGGCAAAACCAAAUCGAAUAAAAGAGAAACUAAAUGAAGUUAUUCCUCAAGUUAGUAAAUACACGCCUGAGUUAAACGAAGUUACUACUGAAGUCAGUGAUGUUAUAUCUGAAGUUAGUGAACCUGAAACUUUGGAAGAAGAAAAUCCUGUAUCAUGGCAAUACUGCAUCAUCAAAUAUUCAGCUUAUACAAUAAUAUGGUUAUCAUUUUUUAUUUACUUUAUAAAAUUGCAAUUCGGUGCUGUGUACUUUGGUGUUACCGUUUUAAUAGGUAUAUGUUUGAAUACUCGGACAAAGCCAAAGAAGAGAGGUGAGGUUUCUGCUUACAGUGUGUUUAAUGAGGAUUGUGCUAGUAUUGAUGGUACGUUAAAAGCAGAAGAACUUCAAAGACAACUUUUGUAUGGUUCUCUUCCUGUCAGAAUAUUUUAA